GUUAUCUGGUUUAUUUCGAGAAGAAGAAGAAGGAGUAAAGGAAAAUAAUAUAUCACCGCAGAAAAGCAAACAAAUAAACGAAAUAAUAGAGAAUAGAAGCCUUUAAAAUCAUUUUAAAAUGUCUGCUCCACUGGAGAACCUGGAGACCCAGCUGGAGAUGUUCAUCGAGAAUGUGCGACAGAUACGCAUCAUCGUCAGCGAUUUUCAGCCACAGGGGCAGAACGUUCUCAACCAAAAGAUUAACAGCCUGGUAACCGGCCUCCAGGAGAUCGAUAAGCUACGUUCCCAGGUGCAGGACGUCUACGUGCCGUUUGAGGUAUUUUUCGACUACAUCGACCAGGACAAGAAUCCACAGCUGUACACUAAGGACUGUGUGGAGAAGGCAUUGGCCAAAAACGAGGAGGUCAAGGGCAAGAUCGAAAGUCUAAAGAAGUUCAAGUCAAAUCUGCUUCUGGAAUUGUUCAAAACCUUUCCCAACGAGAUGCACAGCUAUCGCGCUUACCGCAAGGACUCUAUGUAAGCCGAGAAAAGGCCACCUAAAUUAUAGUUUUUAAUACACAUAUUGGAAUAAACUUUAUACUUAUGUACAUACAA